UUUAACAGGUGUUCAAACUAAGACGUACAUUUUUAAAACGUCUUAAUUAUAUGUACAAAUCACAUAUUUUUUUACUACUAUUAAGUUUCUUCUGUGUUUAAAUCCAUUUUAAAUGUGGACGGAGGGAGGCCAUCCUUUUAACUGCUCUUCAUCGUCGAAAACAUGACACAGAAACAGGAAGUGCCACAAGAAAAUUGAUUUUGCUUGUAGCCAAUUAGAAAAGCGUAUACGGACGCUGGGCCCGCCUCUUGUGACAAAUUGGCAAAUCAGCGGCUGGGAUGGGAACUUCCGCCAGAGAGACGGAGCAUGUCCAUUGUACGAGGUGUUCUGAAAGAGUGCCGCGGUUGUCGAGGUACAGUCUGUGAAUUACGGUGAUUUCUACAAAGUUUUCGGUCUGCUGAAGCCGGUUGUUGCGUUUUAGCAUCGAGUCGUUAGAGUGACUGUCGUGUGGAGGUCGUAACGGUCAGUUAACGGUCUCACCGGAGGAAUCUGUCUGUUAGCGACGACAGCUAGCUCUGAAAGUAGCACUGCGUUAGCUUCAGCUGUUGUUUGUGUCCUGUGUGUUGGACUGAUAUCUCAUGGAACAUUUAUUCAACCUCUGGCGGACGCGUUUCGAAGAAAGUCUGCUGAGUUAGUGCUAAACCUCUGUGGUUGUUAGCUCACAGGCUAGCUAGCCACUUAGCCUAGCAUAGCAAACGCUAGCUGAGCAGCGCGACAACAACAAGAGGCUCUGCAGCCGAUCCAGCUCCGAGCUUUGUUCAGUGUUUGUUUCACCGCACACGGAGCCGUACACUGUCCCAGGAUGAAUGGGUUCAGCACGGAGGAGGACAGUCACGACGGACCUCCUGCUCCUCCGUUUUACGGUCAGAGCUGCUGUCUGAUCGAGGACGGGGAGCGCUGCGGCCGCUCGGCUGGAAACGCCUCCUUCAGCAAGAGGAUCCAGAAGAGCAUCUCCCAGAAGAAACUCAAGCUGGACAUCGACAAGAGUGUGCGACACCUCUACAUCUGCGACUUCCAUAAGAACUUUAUCCAGAGCGUCCGCAACAAGAGAAAGAGGAAGACCAGCGACGAUGGAGGAGAGUCCCCGGAUCACGAUGUGGAGGUGCCCGAGGUCGACCUUUUCCAGCUGCAGGUGAACACAUUGAGACGUUACAAGAGACAUUACAAGCUGCAGACCAGACCAGGACUCAAUAAGGCCCAGCUGGCAGAGACGGUGAGUCGUCACUUCAGGAAUAUUCCGGUGAACGAGAAGGAGACGCUGACCUACUUUAUUUACAUGGUGAAGAGCAGCAAGAGCCGCUUGGACCAGAAGGGCGACGGCGGAAAACCUCUGGACUAAACUUAUCAACAGCACCCACAGCAGCAGUAGCUCCAACACACACGCCAACAGAAACGGAGACAAAACAGCAAUUCACCAAAACCUGGACUCCACUAACAGUUACAACAACCAAAACCAGCUCCUCCUGUCACUGCUCCCGUCCUCCCAAACACCCCGACACAAACUCAUGCUGUCCCGUAGAGGACGUUUAACUCACAUGGAGGAGCAUUCAGGGAGGGAAGGGUUAACCCCCCUCCCCCCCACGCCUCCUCAUCCUCUCCUCCACAGGGAAAAACCUCUAAAGACUGUUGAGUAGCGGGACUCCCUCCGCAGGGCUCUAGGUCGCCACGCUGUCAUGUUACUGUCGAUAUGUACAAAAGAAAAGUGUCCAAUCUGUGUUUGAAUGCAAUGGACAAAACGGCUGCCUUAAGAGGGAAGAAGACAAAAACGUGUUUUAGGGAUUUUGGGGAUUUUUCUUUUGCCGGUUUGACUGUUAACAUUUUUCAGCGCGAGGGAUGCUUGUGCCAAAACGGAAAUGUGUUUUGUACCUGAAUGAUAAUCGACUGUUUCGGUUUUAUAGCGAGUGAAUGAAUUGUUGGGAAGAGGGCGGCGCCUUUUGCUGCAUUUAGCACGUCAGAAUCAGGAUUCAAAGAAAGACCUUUUAUUCUCAAUGAUAUUUAAAAACAAAGUGUAAUCUUCUCAGUCGCUCGUUUCCAAACCGGGCGUGAUGCAUUCAAAGACUGACGCUGGUGAACCAUGUAGCACUCGGCCAUGACCCGCUCUUUCCACCCUCGCUAGCUGUUUCACGUACGUUUGAACACACUCGUAGCUUCUUUCAUUUUUUCUUUGUAGUCCAGAUUUCUACCUUUCUCUUUAGUUCAGCCUUAAGUUGUAAAAAGUCGCGUCUCUUUGAUUUCCUCCGUUUGUGUGCGGGGAACUUGUGUGUGUGUGUGUGUGAUCAGGUCACAUCUGUGAACAUGCUGCCCUGCUCACUGUUAACCUUUUUUUCCUUUGAACCAUCAGUCAGUUAAAAACUACAUUUCCCAAGAUGCUCUCCUUCCAAAAAUCACAUUUUAUUGAACGUCCCCUAACGAGCUCUUUAAAGUAUUUUUACAUUUUUAUGGCCGAUGGCGUCUGUUUGUAUCGCCGUCUUGAAGUCUUAAAAAGUCCAACUUGAAUCUCAUUCAGCGCCCAGAGUCACAGAAGUUGACCGUUCACGUCUCGACAUCAGCUUCCUGACUCCUGAAGUGGUUUAUGUUCUUUGUGGGGAAGAAAAAUGAAUUCUUUUAUUUAUUAUUCUGAGGGUUCUUUGUGAACUGGUUUUGAGGUUAACAGUCUGACAUCACAACGUUUCUUUGUGACUUGAAGCAGAGACAAAUGGAAGCAGAGAUGGCGGUUACAUCGGGGAUCGUACGCUUUUUUUUUUUAAUCAGUUACAUGGAGCCACACGCCUUGAUGAGAAUUGUGCAGUGACCUCAUGUUAGAAUGAAACGUUACAUAUGAAGAGUCCGACUGCUCGAAGCUAAAAGUCCAAAAUAAUGCAUCGCCAAAACAUGCACACAAAAAGAACAACUUUUGGUUUUGCAUCUUUUUGGAUUUAUGUGUGUGUGUGUGUGCUAUAAUCAGUCUUGUACACACACUCUGCGUCCUCUGUCACACACACACUCUGCGUCCUCUCACACACACACACUCUGCCUCCUCUCUCUCACACACUUUCUCAGUUUGUCCACCACACCGACUCGGUCGACUUUUUAACAGGGUUCUUUUUUCUUUUUGUACCGUCUGUUAUAUUUUCAGUUUUGCUUGUAGGUUUUGUUAGCGUCAUGUAGAUAACACCCAACUUUAUUAACAGAUAGGCCACGCCGCAUUAACCUAAUUGAUGUAUUAGAAGAAAAGAACAUAUUUAAAGAUGGCCGCUUAUUGCUCCUAAUGAUGAUUAUAAUAAAUGUAUUGUACAGGAAGCAACAA